CUAGGACCGGGCGCGGCGGCGGGCGGAGCCUCCCCGCCGCUCGCCCCUCCGCCCGGCCGCUGCGGCAGUGUCUCGGAGGCGGGCAGGCGGCCGGUCCCUCCGGUCCCCCCGGCAGCAUCCCGGCCCCGCCAUGGCUGGCGUCGGCUUCGCGGCGCACCGCCUGGAGCUGCUCGCCUCCUACCAGGACGUGAUCGGCGAGGACAGCCCCACCGACUGGGCCCUCUACACGUACGAGGAUGGCUCCGAUGACCUGAAGCUGGCAGCAUCAGGAGGUGGAGGUUUGCUGGAGCUCUCCGGCCACUUUGAGAUCCAGAAGGUGAUGUAUGGCUUCUGCAGCGUCAAGGACCCCCAGGCCGUGCUCCCCAAAUAUGUCCUUGUCAACUGGGUGGGCGAGGACGUGCCAGACGCCCGCAAGUGUGCCUGCGCCAGCCAUGUGGCCAAGAUCGCUGAGUUCUUCCAGGGUGUGGAUGUCAUCGUCAACGCCAGCAGCGUGGAGGACAUCGACCCAGGGGCCAUUGGGCAGCGGCUCUCCAAUGGGCUGGCCCGCGUCUCCAGCCCGGUGCUGCACCGCCUGCGGCUGCGGGAGGACGAGAAUGCCGAGCCCGUGGGCACCACUUACCAGAAAACCGACGCCACCGUGGAGAUGAAGCGGCUCAACCGGGAGCAGUUCUGGGAACAAGCCAAGAAAGAGGAGGAAUUGCGUAAGGAGGAGGAGCGGAAAAAGGCCCUGGAUGCCCGGCUGCGGUUUGAACAGGAGCGGAUGGAACAGGAGCGGCUGGAGCAGGAGGAGCGGGAGCGGCGCUACCGGGAGCGGGAGGAGCAGAUUGAGGAGCACAGGCGGAAGCAGCAGAGCAUGGAGGCAGAGGAGGCCCGGCAGCGCCUGAAGGAGCAGUCCAUCUUUGGGGAGCAGCAAGAGGAGGAUGACAGGCAGCAGCUCAGGAAAUCGGAGUCGGAGGUGGAGGAGGCUGCUGCCAUCAUCGCUCAGAGGCCCGACAACCCCCGGGACUUCUUCAAGCAGCAGGAGCGGGUGGCAUCGGGCAGCAGCGACGCCAUCUCGCCGGGCAGCCACAGGACAGGUCGUCUGCACUGUCCUUUCAUAAAGACAGCUGACAGUGGGCCGCCUUCUUCCUCCUCCUCCUCCUCCUCCCCCCCGCGGACCCCCUUCCCCUAUAUCACCUGCCACCGCACCCCAAAUCUCUCCUCUUUCUUCCCAUGCAGCCAGUCGGACGCCUACCGCAAGGCCUCGGCAGCGGGCUGCAGCCCCUGCGAGUCCAGCCCGGCCGCCACGCCACAGGGCGAGCCGGGCACCCGCGCCUCAGGUGACGAGAUGCCGACAACGCCCAAAGACUCCCCCAGCCCCAGCACCCGGGAGCCAGGGCCAGCUGCCCCCGAGCAGCACUGGCCCUUCCCGGGGCCCGAGGACAAGGCCACCGAGCUCCCUGGGGACGAGCCAGAUGCCAGGCCAGUGUGGACAGCGGGGGGUGACAUCCUGGGGGACCUGGUGACCCUGGAGCCCACCGAGCCUUCCCCACCACCCACAGUUGCUGAGCCCCAGCCUGGGGAGCCCUCCAACCCUGAGAGCCUCAUCGACCUGUGGCAGAGCGACGGGGUGACCCCCGCUGCCGCCUGGCCCCUGCCUGCUGCCCCCGUUCCCGAGGGCCCCCCAGCUGUGCUGCCCGACGAGGGGCCCCUGCUGAGCCUGGAUGAGCUGCCCGAGCCCCCCGCCACCUUCUGUGAUGCGGAGCAGGAGGAGGAGGCGGCAGCCGGCGGGGGGGACCCCCAGCCACGGGGGCUCGGCUGCCAGCGUGCCCCCCAGGAGGAUGCCCCAGGCCGAGAGACUCCCCCCAUCACCAACGGGGAGAUGGUCCCCAAGGACGGGACGCCAGGUCGUGGGGAGCAGGCCAGUGAGGGCUACUUCAGUCAGUCCCAGGAGGAGGAGGUGCCCCCCCCCGAGGAGCCAUCGGCCAAAGCCCCCCAGCCUGUCUUCUACAACAAGCCCCCAGAGAUUGACAUCACGUGCUGGGACGCAGACCCCCUGCCCGAGGAGGAGGAGAGCUUCGGGGGGGGCCUGUAAGCUCGGGCCCCGCUGCUGGUGCAGGCAGCCCGCCCCGGCCGGCGCGGGGCGUGAGGGGGCCGCAGCUGGGGGCCGGGCCCCCCCUCGCCCCGCCGGGGCCCCGCAGGAUGAGGCCUCUGGGUGGGGGCUGCCCCGCUGCGCCCCCGCCCCGGGGCACCUUUUACAGCCGCCCAUCUCUUUCUCUUUUUUUAAGUUGUCGGUAGGCGCUGUGUCAGCCCCCCCCCUUAGCAGUUGUCCCCCCUCGUUGCCCCAGCAACCCCUUCGGGGGGGGGGGCACGCUCGCAUCCCCUGCCCGGCUGUGGGACAGGGUCCUCGUUCUCUUCGUGCCCCCCGGGAGCCUCCCCAUACUUUGCACGAGUUUAAAAAAAAAAAAAAAAAAGGAAGAAUAAUAAGAAUAAUAAAUGAAUAUGGCAAUAAAGUCACCCAACUGAGGCGAGGCUGCGGCCGGCGGCGCCCCCCCACCCCCCCAAACCCCGGUGGGGAGCUGGCGUGGGGCUUUUGCUCUCCCCCCCUUUCCUUGCCGGGAGCCCCCUUCCCCCCCCGCUUGGCCCCCGCUUGGCCCCUCUCCCCCCCCCUACGGUAACUGUUUUUGGAAAGCACAAGUUCUGUACCGGCGGUGUGCUCAUGUCUGUUAAUAAAUAAAGCGACUCCCACAGGG